AGCGCAUCGGACGCUGCGAGCCGGAUGCAAGAGUGCUGGCGACGCAGUCGGUCACGAGCUGAUUUGAAUACUUUCUCUCUCAUUGCCUUAGAUAUUAGCCACUUAGUUGUCUCGCUAAAUAACGGUGGGAGAAAAUAGCAUAUUUUCAUAACAUAGCUAAUUAAUUAGAACGGGGCUGUUUAUUUCGCCGUGUGGGAUUUUUGGUGAUGCAUUACAACAUUUUAACCAGCUAGCUAGUCUAGCUCGCUAUCAGUAUCACCAUAAUAGUAGAGAACCGCAGGGUGAUAGGUUAGCUAGCUAACUCAGCUAAGGUAACAUAUGACUGAUCGUCUAUCGUGACCAUUGCUAUAUGCUGCUAGGAACGCAUAAAUUAGUUAACGUUAUCCGUGUCGCCUUCACAGGCCAGAUAUUUUACCUUGCCUUGGUGCAUUUGCGGCCAGCUAGAGCCUAGGUAGUGCACUGGUUAAACGUGACGUAGCUAUCGAUACUAUUGAAUGAUCAGCGGAAACCCCGGCUACAUUCUGCUAGCAUAGAUAGCUUUCUAGCUAACUACUUAGCUGGCAUUGCCGAAAAACUUCGUUAGCUCGUGCUAACUGGAUAUAUAGCUAACUAGCUGGCUAACGUUAACUUGCUUGGUUUGGAGUUGCUGUCAACCGCCAGAAUCAAUAACGUUAGCUAAAGCUGAGAAGUUAGCAAGAUAGUUGCGUUAGCUAGCUACCUACAUACUAUUUCGUAGCGAGCUGACACAUUCAGGAAUAUAUCAUUAUCAAUAAUUUGUUAGAUUAGUUAACUAACGUUCAUUAAGGUAAUUUGUGCGUGACUGGAGUGAAGACAAACACGAAAAUGCCGGCUGUGUCGAAAGGAGAUGGAAUGCGGGGAUUAGCGGUGUUCAUUUCGGACAUACGGAAUUGUAAGAGCAAAGAGGCGGAGAUCAAGCGCAUUAACAAGGAGCUGGCUAACAUCCGCUCCAAGUUCAAAGGGGACAAGGCACUGGACGGCUACAGCAAGAAGAAGUAUGUUUGCAAGCUGCUGUUCAUCUUCCUGCUCGGCCACGACAUCGACUUCGGCCACAUGGAGGCGGUCAACCUGCUCAGCUCCAACAAGUACACGGAGAAGCAGAUUGGAUACCUGUUCAUCUCUGUGCUGGUGAACAGCAACAGCGAGCUUAUCCGGUUGAUAAAUAACGCCAUCAAAAACGACCUGGCCAGCAGGAACCCCACCUUCAUGUGUUUGGCCCUCCACUGCAUCGCCAACGUGGGCAGCAGGGAGAUGGCCGAGGCCUUCGCUGGGGAGAUCCCUCGCAUCCUGGUGGCCGGGGACACGAUGGACAGCGUGAAGCAGUCCGCCGCCCUGUGUCUGCUGCGCUUGUACAAGACCUCCCCCGACCUGGUGAUGAUGGGCGAGUGGACCUCCAGAGUGGUGCACCUUCUCAACGACCAGCACAUGGGGGUGGUUACCGCGGCGAUCUCCCUCAUCACCUGUCUGAGCCAGAAGAACCCGGACGAGUUCAAGACCUGCGUGUCCCUGGCUGUGUCGCGGCUGAGCAGGAUCGUGUCGUCUGCUUCCACGGACCUUCAGGACUACACGUACUACUUUGUCCCCGCCCCCUGGCUGUCCUGCAAGCUGCUGCGCCUGCUGCAGUGCUACCCCCCGCCUGAAGAUGGCGCUGUGAAGGGCAGGCUGGUGGAGUGCCUGGAGACCAUCCUCAACAAGGCCCAGGAGCCGCCCAAGUCUAAGAAGGUCCAGCACUCCAACGCCAAGAACGCCAUUCUGUUUGAGGCAAUCUCUCUCAUCAUACACUACGACAGUGAACCCAACCUGCUGGUGCGGGCCUGUAACCAGCUGGGCCAGUUCCUGCAGCACCGCGAGACCAACCUGCGCUACCUGGCCCUGGAGAGCAUGUGCACCCUGGCCAGCUCCGAGUUCUCCCACGAAGCCGUCAAAACGCACAUCGAGACCGUCAUCAACGCACUCAAGACGGAGAGGGACGUCAGCGUGCGGCAGAGGGCGGCCGACCUGCUGUACGCCAUGUGCGACCGCAGCAACGCCAAGCAGAUCGUGGCCGAGAUGCUCAGCUACCUGGAGAAUGCAGACUACUCCAUCAGGGAGGAGAUGGUUCUGAAGGUGGCCAUUUUGGCGGAGAAGUACGCGGUGGAUUACUCCUGGUACGUGGACACCAUCCUCAACCUGAUCCGCAUCGCUGGGGACUACGUCAGCGAGGAGGUGUGGUACAGGGUCAUCCAGAUCGUCAUCAACAGGGACGACGUGCAGGGCUACGCCGCCAAGACUGUGUUCGAGGCUCUGCAGGCCCCAGCCUGCCAUGAGAACAUGGUGAAAGUGGGAGGUUAUAUCCUGGGCGAGUUUGGAAACCUCAUCGCUGGGGACCCGCGCUCCAGUCCCCUGGUGCAGUUCAACCUGCUGCACUCCAAGUUCCACCUGUGCUCGGUACCCACCCGCGCCCUGCUGCUCUCCGCCUACAUCAAGUUCAUCAACCUGUUCCCCGAGACCAAGCCCACCAUCCAGGAGGUGCUGCGCAGUGACAGCCAGAUCCGCAACUCUGACGUGGAGCUGCAGCAGAGAGCCGUCGAGUACCUCAAACUGUCCUCCAUCGCCAGCACCGACGUCCUGGCCACUGUUCUGGAGGAGAUGCCUCCGUUCCCGGAGAGGGAGUCCUCCAUCCUGGCCAAACUGAAGAAGAAGAAGGGCCCGGGGGCCGUGUCCGUGUCCGAGCUGGAGGACGGAAAGAGGGAGGGGGGCGGGGAGCUCAACGGAGGGGCGGACCGCGUGGGCGACGCCUCCGCUGGUGCCGCGUCCAAUGCCUCCACUCCCUCCCCGUCAGCUGACCUGCUGGGCCUUCGUCCGGCCGCUGCCAUUGGCUCGGCCGCUCCCAGCGCCGGCAGCCUAUUGGUGGAUGUGUUUUCAGAGGCGGGGCCUGCGGCAGCUCCUUCCUCCGGGGCGAACGAAGAAGGCUUCCUCAGAGAUCUGGAACCUCCCACUGAGAGCUCUGACUCCCUAUUGGUCGAGGCUCCUGGUGACUCGGACUCUGAAGAUUCUGCUCCGCCUCUGCCAGAGUCAAACGAGCUUCUCAGCAAGUUUGUGUGCAAGAACAACGGCGUUCUGUUUGAGAACCAGCUGCUGCAGAUCGGCAUCAAGUCUGAGUACCGUCAGAACCUGGGGAGGAUGUACCUUUUCUAUGGCAAUAAGACCUCGGCGCAGUUUGCCAGUUUCUGCACGGUGGUCAGCUGUCCGGGGGAGCUGCAGUCUCAGGUCAAUAUGCAGACGAAGCCAGUGGAGCCCCUGGUGGAGGGAGGAGCGCAGGUGCAGCAGGUUAUUAACAUAGAGUGCCUGGCUGACUUCUGCGAGGCCCCUCUGCUCAACAUCAAGUUCAGGUACGGUGGAGCCCUGCAGAACAUCACCCUGAAGCUUCCAGUCACCAUCAAUAAGUUCUUCCAGCCCACGGAGAUGCCUUCUCAGGACUUCUUUCAACGCUGGAAGCAGCUGAAUCUCCCUCAGCAAGAAGCACAGAAGAUCUUCAAGGCUGGCCACGGGAUGGAUAGAGAACUGCUGAAAGCCAAGUUGAUGGGGCUGGGUUGCGCCCUGCUGGAGAAUGUGGACCCAAACCCAGAGAACUUUGUGUGCGCUGGAGUCAUUCAGACCAAGGCCCAGCAGGUGGGCUGUCUGCUGAGGCUGGAGCCCAACGCACAGGCCCAGAUGUUCCGGCUGACGCUUCGCUCCAGCAAGGACAGCGUCUCCAAGCGCCUGUGCGAGCUGCUGGCCGAGCAGUUCUAGAAGCUUCCGGGACACGGCGAGCGGCGGAAACUAACGGCGAGAGCUUCGGACGCGCCUGCAUAAGGGAAACGGAAGCAGCCGCCUCGCGACGGCUCUGUUAACGUCACUAUUAUCGUCCUGAUUAUCAUCGUUAUUAUUAUUACUGCUAUGAUUAUUGUUUUUAUUGGUGUUUACCUGUGUAUGUGUGUGUGUAUGUGUGUGUGUGUGUGUGUGUGUGUGUGUGUGUGUGUGUGUGUGCGCGCCCGUUCAGUCAGAGUGGUGUGUCGCGGCUUUUCUCCGCGGUGUUGGGCCUCGCGCCCCGGCCCUGUUCGUACUGCACCCGCAGUGUCAGCCUGGGGCACAGGGCCACAUCGCUGUCCGUCUCCAUGAUCUUUCUGUACUAUCGCCACUGACAUUUCAAUCCACAAGGUAUUCCUGGGAGAUUAACGAGACGCUUGACCACUUGCGCAUGUCCGCACGCGCAAAACAUGCCCCUAGCCCACACGCACAACGCGUACCUGCAUAUGCACUUAUCUGUGUAAACCGUCAAGCUUUGCGCAUUGCUCUCCGGAAGACUACAUUCCCCACAAUCCCCUUCUGCUUCCCUGUGGCCUAUGCACUUGGAGAUACCUUUUGGAGCUUCAGAGAUGAUGCCAGACACUUUCUGGUGCACUUCCCUUUGAAGCUCUUGAGUCCGUGCUUGAGUAGUUCUGUGAGUCCAGUGUUUUCGCAAUGCUUCCUCAUUCCUGAAGGAAGUUCACUCCAGAAUGACCUCUCCCCUCGUCUUAAGAGUUACUGUGCUCGGAUGCCCCCUCCUCUCUGUCGCAAAGCAUUUGUCCAAAUGUCCAUAGUGGUUUUUCGGGUUGAAAACUGUUGUGAGCGAUCAUCACAAUCGCAGUAACGGCAACGGCAAUGCAUAGAACUAUAUAGAAAAAUGCACAUUUACAAUUUAUGGUAUAACCUCUUUUUUUUUUUUUUUUUUGUAGUAUUUGUCUAUUCGUAACUCUAAUGCUGUGUGUUUUAUUUACUUUUAACAUGAUAUAUAGUAGAACAUUCCCUUUACGAAAGCCAAUUUGCAGUGUUAAGCGCACCUGGAAUGUGCUGAAAAAGGUUUGGGCUGAAAGGGGGGGCGACGGUGGUGACGCUGGCUUGCUCACGCACGCACACGUCCACGGCGCUGACACACUGUUCGCCGCGUCAGGAGGCCGCUCUCCCACUUUCAGCUGCUCCCGUACACCCUACGGGAGCAGCACUCCUUUUGGAGGAGAAAAUGGAUGCAUUUCAACUCCGCAGUCCUGGGUUUAUGGGUUGCACAGCAUUAAUGUACAGGGGGGGACAAGCUGGCUGUGAUGUCACCGUACUUGCAGGAAGCAGAGAGGAGCAGCCGCCCGUCACCGAGUAUGGCGGCGGCAACCAGCUGAACAAUGUGGAUGCUGAUUGGUGGAUACUCUCUGGCUGUACUUCCUGGAUUCCUAGCCAGAAGGUAUCCACCAACAAAGUGUUCUUCUGUUGGUAGUCGCCAAUGCGUACUGCAUGAUUGGUGGAGCCCCUCUCUGUUUUCGUCAGGUCGGGUGACAUGGCGACCGUCUUUGCCCGGCAAUCGUAUGAUCUCUGGGCUGGUCUUGUGCAACACAGGUGUACACAGGUCAGACUCAUGGGUCUUGAAGACUGUGCACUGGACCCGUACAGACGUCAACCGUCACCCACAGUAAGAGGGAGCACGUCAACUUGGAUCCCUCUUUUAGAACCGACAUUGUGCGGUCAAGUGUGUGAGCGCGCGUGCGUCUGUGGGUGGGUGAGCGCGCGUGUGUGAGAGUGCGUGCGCUAGCGGCGCGUAUGCGUCCUUAUAUCAUAUUCUAAUAUUAUGAAGUAUUGAGGCAUUGUCAUAUUAGUGAAGUGAGGAGUCGCUGUCAUUGCGCAUGUCCGAGUGUGGCCCGAUUUAUCUGGGACGUUCUCAUUUUUAGAAGAGGAGUUUGUGUCAUUGUGUGUGCGUGCGCGUGUGUGUUUGUGUGUGCACGCAUGCGCUUGUGUGCGUCUAUGCAGUAUCUAGUGACGCGACCCAGUGAAUCGGUUUAAAAUCUGUCAGACACUUGUGUUAGAAUAUAUUAGUCUGUACUGAGAAUGUGAAAGUAAAAGUAUACAUAUAUCCACUUGA